AAAACAAAGUGUAUAAUCUUACAAAAAACAACUCAAUCAUGAUCGUUGAUUUAGCUUUGAAGUCUCCGAUGAUCCAUUCACCACAGUCCGACAAGGACUUGAAAGCUCUCAGGUUCAUUGAGGAGAUGACACGUAAUGUCGAUUUCGUUCAGAAGAAAGUCAUCAAGGAGAUACUUAGUCGUAACUCAGAGACUGAGUAUCUGAAACGGUUCGGUCUUAAGGGAUUCACCGACCGGAAAACAUUUAAGAACAAAGUUCCGGUUAUUACUUAUGAUGAUAUUAAACCGGAGAUUCAACGUAUAGCAAAUGGUGACCGGUCCAUGAUUUUGUCUUCUCACCCCAUCACCGAGUUCCUGACCAGCUCUGGCACUUCUGCGGGUGAAAGGAAGUUAAUGCCGACUAUUGAAGAAGACAUGGACCGACGUCAGCUUUUAUACAGUCUUCAGAUGCCUGUGAUGAACCUCUACGUGCCGGGACUAGGCAAAGGCAAGGCUCUACAUUUCUUGUUCGUGAAGUCCGAGUCAAAGACACCUGGUGGACUACCGGCUCGUCCGGUUCUCACAAGCUAUUACAAAAGCGAACAAUUCAAGAGACGUCCAUACGACCCGUACAACGUGUACACGAGCCCCAACGAAGCCAUCCUUUGUCCAGACUCGUCGCAGAGCAUGUACACUCAAAUGCUUUGCGGUCUCCUCAUGCGCCACGAAGUCCUUCGCCUCGGUGCUGUCUUCGCUUCCGGUCUCCUACGUGCCAUACGGUUCCUCCAAACCAACUGGCAAGAGCUCGUCAGCGAUAUCUCGACCGGAACCCUAAGCUCGAGAAUCUCUGACCCGGGGAUUAGAGAAAGCAUGUCCAAGAUCUUGACCGAACCGGACCAAGAAUUGGCUGACUACAUAACUUCGGUUUGUUGUCACGACAAUAACUGGGAAGGUGUUAUCACUAAGAUUUGGCCUAACACUAAGUACCUUGACGUCAUCGUCACAGGAGCCAUGGCUCAGUAUAUUCCGAUGCUUGAGUACUAUAGCGGCGGGUUACCGAUGGCUUGUACGAUGUACGCAUCGUCAGAGAGUUACUUUGGGAUUAACCUAAAACCGAUGUGUAAACCUUCUGAGGUUUCUUACACCAUUAUGCCAAACAUGGCUUACUUCGAGUUUCUCCCUCACGAAGACGCACCCGAAAGAACCGAGCUCGUGGAGCUGGCUGAUGUCGAGGUCGGGAAAGAGUACGAGCUCGUGAUCACUACCUAUGCGGGGCUUUACCGCUACAGAGUUGGCGAUAUUCUUCAGGUGACUGGCUUCUACAACUCCGCUCCACAGUUCAAGUUCGUGAGGAGGAAGAACGUUUUGCUUAGCAUUGAGUCUGAUAAAACCGACGAAGCUGAGCUCCAAAAGGCGGUAGAGAACGCGUCGUCGAUGUUACUUGAGGAGCGAGGAACACGCGUGAUAGAGUACACGAGCUACGCGGAUACCAAGACCAUACCUGGCCAUUAUGUCAUCUACUGGGAGCUUCUUGUGAAGGAUCAAGCCAACCCUCCGAGCGACGAGGUCAUGGCUAAGUGCUGCCUUGAAAUGGAGGAGUCGUUGAACUCUGUUUAUAGACAAAGCCGGGUUGCUGAUAACUCCAUUGGACCGCUCGAGAUACGUGUGGUGAAGAACGGGACGUUUGAGGAGCUCAUGGACUAUGCCAUCUCGAGAGGCGCGUCGAUUAACCAGUACAAGGUGCCGAGAUGUGUGACCUUCACGCCAAUCAUGGAGCUGCUUGACUCAAGGGUUGCUUCUACGCAUUUCAGCCCGGCGUUGCCACAAUGGUCACCUGAGCGACGUCGUUGAGAAGAGUUUGUGUUUUUUGCUUCUGUUUUAGGAUUUGUGUCGUACAAUAAGUUCGAUCGGUGUACGGAUGUUUUCCCCGAUGAAUGUGUUCUCUAGUACC